GCAACUAUGAUGGAAAGCAGAUCAGUGCUGGAGUGGCAUACAAUGCACCAGCAAACAAAGCUGGGUAUCUCCUCAACCAAACUUUGGGGAAACUUAUGGUCUCUGAGAUUGAUGACAGUUUGGUUCAGAAAGCCAAGCAAAGGAAACUCACCAGGAUAAGUGGCUUUAAUGAGCUGAGGGGGCUGGAUGCAAUGCUUGUGCAUUCUUUGGGGGUAGGCAUCAAGGACUUUGCAGUCCCAGAGGGCCUGUUGCUGCAACCUUUGAAGCCCACACAGGUGAGGCUGAGGGCAGAUGAUGGACAUGUAUACAUUGUAGACACCAAGGCUUCUGAGGUGAAGAGAGAAGUGGGUCCAACCAUCAACUUGUCAGAGUUGAAGGUCUUGGUGACCCUGUCAGACCAGGGCCCCCUGAAUGGGGACUUCUAUGCUACAAAGUGUGUUUUGGAAAGUGAAAGUGGCACGGGGGGAGAAGAUGAGGGGGCACAAGAAGAGCCUGAUGAUGAGAAAGACAUUGAUGAUGGUGCCAAUGAUGAGAAGGCAGAGAAAGAAAAGUUGGCACAGCUAAAGAGAAGGCUUGGUACAUACAAGUUGGCACCAAGACUGAUCAACCCUGUGAACCUAGCCACAAAAGAGAUUCUCAUGAGUGUGUGCAGGGCAACUUGGAAAGAGUUUGCUGAGAGGGCUAGAACAAUCAAGAGCCCUGAAGAUGUCAUGCGCAUGAACAUCAGGAAGGUGGGGCAAGGUGCAUGGAAAGAAGAGUUAGUGGGGAUGGCCCAUUGCUCACUCUCAAGAGAUGACACAAUCCAGCACCUGCUGCCUGAAUGGACAUUCCAUGACAACACACUCCAGUGGCAUACAGAAAUGUUGGAAAACCUGCUGCAGUGCAGGGCAGCUAGCUUGGCCAGUGCCUUUCUUUUGCCACCAAUGAGGUAUUGCCAUGUGCUCUCUGAAGAUGCACAGGAGAGCAAAGCAGCCCAGGAAUUGGCAGUGAGGGAAUUUCAGGUAGCAUACACAUUGGUAGAGAAAAGCACAGGCAUCUCUUGGUACCACAUCACAGACUUGGAUGAGUGGCUGGUCAUCCCCACAGAGCCAAGGCUCUUGACAGAAGUGAGGGGGCCAGUGGGCUGGGUGAAAUGUGGAGACCCAAUGUCCCUCCAAGCUGCAAUGUGCAUGGAGGGCUGUGCAACUUUAAUAGUCCAGCAGAUGAAAGCCUUGGUCUUGAAAUUGGGUGGAACCCCACCCAAGCCUGCAACAAAGAGGGCCUACCAAGAGCUUCUCAUUUCCAUGUGUUUGGAGAAAAGCUUGCAGGCAGAAGCCCUCAAGAAGGUUGAGGAAUCAGGCAAGAAGGAGACAGAAGAUUCUGAGAUUGAUUCCCAAUUUUCAGAAGUGCUUUCUGAUUUGGGAAAAGAUGAUGGGAACAGGCAGGAUCUCAAGGAACUGGCACAAAAGAGGCAGACUCAGAAAGUGAAAAGAAAGCUAGCAGCUAGGGACAAGCCAGUGGAGGAGGGGAAGAAGAAAAAGAAAUCCAAGAGUAAAGGCAAAGGCAAAGCAAAGGGCAAAGGUAAGGGCAAGAAAGACAAGAAGCAAGCCAACAAGUUCAUGGCCAAAUUUGCCCAAAAGUUCAAGGCUGGUGGUGGUAAGGGGCACCCAGGGUCAGCAGAAGCAGCACCAGGGCUGGUGGAAGAGCAGGAGCCAGACAAGCCAGCUGUGGUGGAAGGGAAGGCUGCUGUGCCAGAGGGGCCAGAGAAGCCAGCUGUGGUGGAAGGGCAGGCUGCUGUGCCAGAGGGGGGGAACAGCCUGGCUCAGAGGAGGCUGCAAGCCCAGAAGACAAAGAGGCAGAGGUGGGCAAGGUGA